CCCUCCUUUGCUUUACUUUGCUGUGUUUCCUAUCCUCUGUAGUUGAUAAAAUUAUCAGCAAUUAGUAAAUGACUAGCUCUGUUUUAGCUUAAUUAAGAUACUCAUUUUAAUAUCAUUUGAAUCCCAUACUCAUUUCUAUGAUUGUUUGGCGUAUAGUUUAAUAUUUCUUGCCGAUCAAAUUGAAAGUUUAGUGUUGUUUUUCUUUCCACUACAACCUCCACUGCCAUUGUCUGUUGCCAAUGUGAAAAUUAUAAGCUUCAAUAGCAACCAUUGAUUGCAGCUAAAAGAAGAAAAAAAUGUAUUUUAAGUCAAAAUUCAUUGAUUGUGCAAUUUGUGAGACCGCAGCUCUCCUUAGUUCGAAUGCUUGGUUAGUUUGAAUGUAAAAUCUGAUUGUUUUUGAUUUAGAGAAUUGGGUUUGGUAAUUUCUCGUUUUCAUUUUAAUUGCAUGAUGUAAUUAGAUAUGAAAGUUUGCUUUAAACUCUAAUCUGGAAGUUCUCAUUUUGAGUUGUGUUUUAUUUUAUUUUCUUAAUCAGUCUCUAGUUUAUCAUAUAGGCUAGUUUUUUUGUUUUGUUAACAUAGUGAGUUGAGGUGGAUUCCGAGGUGGUGUCUGAUUUGGUGAAGUAAAAUAUUUCAGUUGCCUUAUCAGCUUGUUUUUGCCGGAAAAUAAUCAAGUACCUCCGACUGAAAUUUAAAAUUAAUUCUGAAACAUACAAUUAAGUAAACCUAAUCUAAAAGAAACAAGCAGUGCUGAACUAUGCUUGGCUGCAAGAACUCUAUUCAAGAAACUCACUAUGACAUUCUUUCCAUACAAGAAAACGCAAGCUACGAAGAAAUCCGCGCAAGCUACAGAUUAGCGAUCCUCAAUUAUCAUCCAGACAAACUAAAACAGAAUACACAUCAAACAUCUAAUCCCCAGUAUGAGUUAGAAGCAAGAUUCUUAAAUGUGCAGAAAGCUUGGGACAUCCUCGGCAAUGAAAGAUCACGCAGAGUCUAUGAUAGCGAGCUACGAGCAUUGAGAAAUGACUCAGGAGUUUCUGAAGAUCUCGGUUUAGACGAUAUGAUGAUGGAAGAUAGUGGAGAAAUGUUGGAUCUCUUUUACCAGUGCCGGUGUGGCGAUUUUUUUUCAAUUGAUUCUUUAGAGUUGGGUAAAAUGGGGUUUAAAUUGUUGAGAGAUGAAAAUAAGAUAUCAUUUGAAGCAACAGAUGCUUUGUCUGUGCCUGCAUCAGUUGUUCUUUCCUGUGGUUCUUGUUCUUUACAAGUUCGUCUAUUAAUUAAUCCCAACAUUAAGGCUGGGCUUACUAUUAACCAAGAAAAGGCGGCCUUGUUUGUGGAUUUGAGUUGACAACUAUUUAACAGAACUGAGGAACUUGAAAAAACAGUUGUGCUACGAAAUCAAGAACUGCAAUUCGAGAGUUGGUUAUGAAAUUAAUUUUAGAGCAGAAUUGAACCAAAUAAAGGGUUAAGGUCUAUCUACAUCAGCAGUCCCCAACUUGUGAAGAAGAUGAGCUCUAAGGGACGAAGUACUCCAUGGACUGUGUUUGAUAGAAUUAAAACUAUUCCAUCGACUCCAGAAACUCUGAUGGCAGAGAUUAACAUAGCCAUUGCUGAUCUGGAAUACGCUCGUGCCACAGCAUUCCUUGACCCUCAUUCUCCAACCCAGUUUAGGACUAAGAGUCCUAAUGGAAGUGCUUCUCCUCAAUAUGAUGCCCGAAUUGCUGACGAGGCUUAUAGAGCUGGAUGCGCGUCAUUAGCUGCGGGGAAGCUUGAUGAAGCUCUUUGGUCUUUGAACAUUUCCCUUUCAAAAUGUCCUCCUGAUAAGACCUCCGCUGUCACCAAGCUUCAGUCUCUCAUUUCUCUUACAGCAGAACAGCUCCAGAAAUAAUAGUGGUAUGUUUAUUUGUCUGGUCAAUGAAGGAAUUUCUUGUAACGAGUAUAACAAUGACACAGGUCGAAUAAAGAUGAGUAUUUUUUGAA